AUGGAUUUCCUUGGGUAUCGAUAUUAUAAAUUGUAUCGAUUUUCCUUAUUAUCACUUAGUUUGUGGCCAUAUAGCAAAUCAUUCCUUAAACAAAUCCAUGCGUUUUUCUGUAUCUUUCUGCUUAUAUCUUCAACAGUCACUCAGUUGCUGAAACUAUUUACAAUGGAAUAUAAUCUUGAACUUGUAUUAACUAAUCUAUCAUUUGCUAUUCCUUCCAUGAUUUAUAUUGUGAAAUAUUUUGCUUUUUACAUACAAUCUCAAAAGAUUAGGGAAUUAAUAGAACAAAUCCGAAAUGAUUGGAAUGCACUAAAAGAUGAGCAGGAAGUCGAGAUAAUAAAAAGAUACGCCAAGCAUGGAAGAAGACAUUUAUACGUAUUCGCGGGCUUAGCUUAUCCCGGAACUAUUGUUUUCAUUCUACUGCCGCUUUUGCCGGACAUUCUCGAUGUCGUAGCACCGCUAAACGAAUCCCGUACACGGAGUCUUCCGUAUUUAGCGGAAUACUUUCUUGAUCAACAAAAAUAUUUUUAUCCGUUAUUAUUGCAUAUAAACUUAACGAUUAUCGUAGGAGUUAUCACUGUUAUAAGCACGGAAACUUUGUUCUUUGCAUAUGUUUAUCAUAUUUGCGGCAUGUUCGAAAUAACUGGUUAUCGAAUAAAGCAUGCCUUGGAUGAAAGUAUAUCACUAUUGUCUACAUUGAAUAGGGAAAACGCAAUUCGUACAAAAAUAAUUCAUGCUAUAGAAAGUCACCAAAGAGCCAUCGAGUUUUUUGAAUACGUGUCGUCUACAUUUGCAUUAUCCUAUUUUAUUCUAAUUAUUCUGGGAGUAGCUUCCUUGAGUAUCAACUUAUUCCGCCUUUUUCAAAUUGCCGUUAUUAUAUCAGAUGAAAAGGAAAGCUUAGUAUCAUUCGUAAUAUUUGUAGUCGGUCACUUUUACUAUAUGUUUGUAUGUAAUUACAUGGGACAGAAAAUCAUAGACAACAGUUCAGGAAUUUCUACAAAAACAUAUGAUACGCAGUGGUAUACGACGCCUGUGCAAAUACAAAAACUACUAUUAUUCAUGAUGCAAAAAAGUAUGAAUUCUUGUAAAUUCGUCAUGGGCGGCAUUUACUCAGUGUCAUUGGAAAAUUUUACUACGCUUGCAAGCAUGUCACUAUCUUACUUCACGGUAAUUUAUUCCGUGCACCAAUGAAACCUGUAAAAGGAACACAGAAACUGUAGUAUCCGAUAGUGUUUUUGAGAGAUGAUAAUUAUCUCAAAACUGAAUCGAA